AUGAGAGUUGAGAGCCGCGCUCCCCGGCGUUGGGCGCCCGCCCGGCGCCUCCCGCCGCCCCUGUCCCAGCAACCACCGCUCCUCCCCACCCCCGCCCAGCCGCCUUUAGCCCUCGCCCGCCCCGCUCGGCCCUCUCCGACGCUGUCCGCCGAUCUCGCUGCUGCCGCUCCGCCCGCGGGCGUCCCCUGUCCGCGGUUCCCUGUUUGCCGCCCCGGCGACGCCUUCCUCCAGUUCUGCCUCGCCUCGCUCCACUCCGGCGUUUGCUCCCCCAUCUCCUCCUUCUCUCCCCUGGCCAGCCGCUGCUCUCUCUGGAUCACCUCCCUCACUGGUCGUGGCCGGCCACCGUUCUUCACCGUCCUCAACGCCCUCAACUUCCACUUCUCCUCUCGCGCGGACCGUUUUUCGCUGUGCGAGCCAGAGCCCGGCGUCUUCUCCACCUCGGUUGCCUCGACCAGCGUCGCCGCUGCCGUGCUCCGCCGGGGUCGCUUCGACUACGCCGGCCUGGCCCUGCUCUGCCAUCCCUCCGUUGACCACGCUCGGCGGCAUCUCCGAUUGCAAAAACGUGCAGAUGUCAACGCCUCAAAGUCCACCCCCACCGAGUCCAACUCGCCCAACCGUCACCUGCCCUCCUUCGCCGACGUGGUCCGCCUGGGCGCUGGGGCCCUCGCGUCGGCGUCGCAGCUCUCGAUCCAUCCGAUAUUGGCAGUUCCCACAUCCUCCACCCCCGUUUCUCAGCCCCCGCCAUCGCCACCUCCCCCACCACGUGCCGCGACCCCUGCUCCUUGCGUGGCGCCACAUGCAUCGGUCAACAUUCCACGUUGCCCCCAUCGCCUCUCCCCGCUCUCGCGGCCGCCGUCCGAUCUCGACCGCUCGACUGCUAGCUCCAGGCAGUUGGGGGAGCAUGAUUUUGCGGCGUCCGUCUCGCCAGAUCCAGGCGCCGGUAACCGCUGUCCGCCGGCCUCGAGGCUCACGUCGCUGACCCCUGUUCCCUCGAGCCCGUCGUCCCUCUCCGUUAUGAAGCGCAGGAAGCUCUGCUUCCGUUGUCUCUCGCCGAAGCACCCCGUCCGUGAAUGCCGUGACCCCGUCUGCUGCCUAGUUUGCGGUGGUUCUGGCCACCGCUCCGGCCUCCGGCGUGAUCGCUGCCCCAACGCCAUGCCUAGGGUGCCUCUGCCCACCCACUCACCCUCCUCCACACCGUCCCCCGCCCAUGGUGCCUCUCCCACCACGCCUUCAGCCAACAUGCCCCCCCACCGUAUCGCCAAUGGCGCCGUCUUUCCCGUCGCCCUGCACCCCAAUACCGUCCAGCCCCUGCCCCCGCCCCCCUCCAGCCCUCGCCCCCCUCUGCCUCCCACGGCCCGCGCUCCGAUCGGCGUCCCUUUGCGCCAUGGCCGUCGCGCCUCGAUCGCCCGCUUCAACCCGCUCCAGGCACCAGGCGGUGGCGAGGACGACGGGCCGGGUCCGCGCCGCAGCAAGAGGAUUCGGGGCGCGUCCGGCGGAGGAUACCAGGACGCCACCACCAGGGCAACAGCUCUCAAGGCCCACAAGCUGGAGGGUGCUCCCCUGCCGCGCUCGUCUUCUGACGCGUCCACACCGUACCUGCCAAUGGAGCUUCUGCGUUCCCUCGCGCGGAGCUGCGACCUCCCCGACGAUGCGCUCUGCCGCCUAGCCGCGGCUUCCCCGGUGAUCGCCGAAGUGGACUAA